GCCGAAGUGCCUUCCUACAUAAUGACCCACAACGCCUCUCAUGAAGCAAUGUCGCUUCCUCCCCUCCCCCGUCUGUCUGUUCCUGCCUAUAUUCCUUUCAUUCUCUACGAGCAGGAAAUCACAGCUCGAGUGCAUACAGUGCUUAGGCGCAUUCACUCUCACUCCCAACCGACGACUGUCGACAUACAACACUUUGAUACCGCCGAGUGACCGAAGUUCUUGAUCGUCCCAGAGCGGGCUCCUCAUCACACCUCUCGCGGAUCGAUCCUUCGAGCGUUCAACGCUCCUCGCAAGACCAUCAUGGUCUCCACCGACAGCACUCCUCCGCCUACGGAGGUCAUCAUGGCCAGCAAGGGCGGCGACCACUUCAUCGAGAAGCUGGAGGCGGGAUAUGGCGAGGAUCACCACGAUGCGGCUCGCAAUGCGGCUCUCCGUGCAGAGCUCGAGAACCCAAACAUUCAUCAACAUAUGAACUUGAAAUUAUUCCUCGCCUUGACAGCCAUGUCUUUCCUUUGGGUUGGAUCGCAGAUUCCGCUCUACCUCUACGGCGCUGUCCUCCCGUUGAUCUACAGUGAUAUUGGAGGUGCAGAUGGCACUUAUCUCUGGAUGGUUAUCGGUUACCUGAUUCCCAAUGCCGCGCUGUGUCCUUUCGUUGGCAACCUUUCCGACAUGUUUGGACGGAAAUCUGUCGCCGUCGCUGGUCAACUCAUGCUCAUGAUCGGACCUAUCAUCGUCUCGACCGCCACAAACAUCAACGCUGCCAUUGGUGGCAUGGUCGUCUGUGGUCUCGGUGCCGGUCUCAACGAGCUCAUCUCCCUCGCCGGUACCUCCGAACUCGUCCCCGUCCGCAAGCGACCCGCCUAUGUCGGAGCCGUCGUCGCCACGAUCCUCCCGUUCUGCCCUUCGGCUCUGUGGGCCCAGCUCGUAUCCAUGCAAGGCGGCUGGCGAUGGAAUGGCGCCCUCAUCGGCAUCUGGAAUUUGGUCGGCCUCAUCCUCGUCAUCUUCUGCUACAAGGACCCGCUCAGCGAUGUGCCCAUGCGGCCCAAGAAAGAGAUUCUCGCGGAGAUUGAUUACAUCGGUGGAUUCCUCAGCAUCGCUGGUGUCGUUCUCUUCAUGGUGGGCAUGCAAACUGGUGCUCAGGACACCCCGUGGUCCUCCGCUCAGGUGCUCGUUCCGUUCCUGAUCGGCGCUGCUUUGAUCGCCGGCUUCUUCGUCUGGGAGAUGAAGUUUGCCAAGAACCCCAUGGUUCCCGCCGCGCUCUUCUCCAAGGACAAGCGCUCCAUGAUCUCGAUUCUGCUCAUCACCUUCUUCAGCGGCGGCAACUUCCUCGUUGUCCUGCUCUUCUGGCCCACCCAGUCCUUCAACAUGUACGGUGACGACCCAGUCCAAGACGGCAUCCGCACCCUACCCAUCGGCUUCGGCAUCAUCGGCGGCGCCUUCCUCGCCCUCGUCCUGAUUGGCGUGACCAAGGGCCGCACCACCAUCAUCAUGAUCUUCACCACCGUCCUGAUGACCGCCUUCACCGGCGCCAUGGCCGGCGCCUCCCUCGACAACCUCAACCACUACGUCUACCCGAUCCUGACCAUGUCCUGCGUGGGCGUCGGCGCGGUGAUCAUCCCCUGCAGCAUCAUCGCACAGAUCGUCGCGCCCACCGAACUCAUCGGCACCAUCACCGCCAUCACCCUCUCGAUCCGCUACAUCGGCGGCGCCAUCGCCUUCACCGCCUACUACAACGUCUUCUACGCGAAAUUCUACCCGCUCGCCGUCAUCGCGGGCGCCAAAACCGCCUACGCGGGCAUUUGCUACGACUACGAUUCCCUCAAACACAUGAUCGAAAUGGCCGGCCGCUCGCAGGCCCGCCUGCUGAAGGAGUUCAUCGCGGAGAGCCCGCUGGUCCUCAAGAAGGACGUCGCCUACGAGACGAUCAUCGGGUUCGUGCAGGAGGCGUUCACGGAGGCGUACCGCUAUCCCUAUUACAUCUCGAUCGCGUUCGGCGGGGUCUGCAUCGUCUGCGCGUUGUUCCUGAGGGACAUCCGGAAACACAUGGAGGGGGUCUGAAGAAAUCUCUCGCAACCGAAGACGAGGGCAUGCAUGGAAAGGAAGGGAGUUAUAUUUAUGGAAGAUGAUUGUAUGAAAAACGAACCAUUUUUUUGACAUCCUUAUUUCUCUCAAUUUUAUUAUUUUUUGGGAAGAAAUCAUAGCGGAAUUUCAUCAUCAUCAUCAUCAUCGUCGUCAUCGUUUCUGCACCGUUAACGAAGGAAUCAAAACCGCCGGCCUCUCCAUGCCGGCGCUCCUCACGAGGGACCUUUCCCGCCCGUACCCUACUGGAGAACGACACGAGUAACAAGAUCCCGUACUGAAGAUCCAGGUGAGCGAAAGGGAAAUCCUCGGGCAGCAGGCUCG